GCACUUUGUGUACUGCAGUUUUGUGUACACAGAUUUUGAUGACGUAGAACACAAGCGGCAUCACUCAAGGCCAUGGCGAUCGACUUGCGGAAGAAUAAAGAUUCGCUUUUAAAAGCGUAUAACGAGGUUGUUGCAGAUAACAAUGACAUAGAUUGGGCUGUUUUCACCUAUGAAGGGCAGACAACAGUUCUUAAAUUGGCAGAAACAGGGGAGGGUAGUAUCAGUGAUUUGGUAGAUGACCUGAACAGCUCUAAGAUCAUGUAUGCGUACUGUAAAGUGAUAGAUCCCAAUACAAGUCUUCCAAAAUAUGUGCUUAUUAAUUGGCAAGGUGAGGCAGCCCCUGAAUCCAUGAAGUUCAAAUGUGCAAAUCAUCUUCGGGAUGUAACACAUUUUUUCAGGGGUGUUCAUGUUACAAUAAAUGCAAGGACAGAGGAUGAUUUAGAUGAAGAUGACAUUUUAAAGAAAGUUUCUAAAUCCUCUGGUUCACAGUACAGUAUCCAUCAUGAGAAGGCUAAACCCGCAGAACCUAUUGCACCUGUGGGUUCAGUGUACCAGAAGACACAGGCAGCUAAAGCUAUAAAUAUGAAACAGAGAGAUCAGUUCUGGGCACAGACAGAAACAGAGGAACAACGGAGAAUAGCAGAGGAUAAACGUAAAUUUGUAGAACGUCAGCAGUCGUUUGAAUCAGAACGUAAAGCGAGAGAGGCUAAAGAACAGGCAGAACGGGACAGGCAGGUACAGGAGAGAAUGAAAGCUGUCAGUCAGCAGAAAGCUGCUGAGAGAAGAGCUAGUCAGACAGAUGAAGAUGCAGCAAAAAAACAAUGGGAGAGAGAACAAGACCAGGCUAUCAGAGAGGAGGAGGAGAGAAGGAAAGAGUCUGAGCAUGCACGUCGAGAACGUGCAGCUGAGGCAGAGAGAUUGGCAUCAAGUCAAACAUCAAGUGCUCGAAACUUCUUCAAGCGUAAAGAAUCAAUGACUGACGACCAGGAACCUAUACACAGACCUCCUCCAACAGGACCAGGGAAAUUGAAGCACAACUUCGGAUCAGUUGAUCAGUAUGAACCUCCAGCAAGAAAAGCACCAAUUCAGUUACCACGGGAACAACCGUCGCCCCCUCCCACAGAGCCAGCCAGACAGCCAUCACCACCACCACAAAGACAACCAUCACCACCACCCAGGGAACCAUCACCACCACCCCGACAGCCCAGUCCACCCCCACAGAGACAACCAUCCCCACCCCCUCAGAGACAACCCUCACCCCCGCCAGUGUCAGCAGUACCCACUCAGCAACCACACACCCGGAACUUGCUGGCUGAGGGGCUGCCCGCAAGACAAGCUGACUCGGAUGAAGAGGAAAAUGAAGACGAAGACUGGGGAGAAGAUGGAAAGAGGAAGGGGAAUGAAAAUGCUAACAUCCCUGCUGUCCAUGCACCACACAUUCCUGACCAACCAGUGGAAGAGCCUGAAUCACCACAGCAACCCACACACCCAGGUUCAGACCAGGGCAUUUGUGCAACAGCCCUCUAUGAUUAUCAAGCUUCUGAUGAUACAGAAAUUACAUUUGAUCCUGAUGACAUAAUUACCCAGAUUGAACAAAUUGAUGAAGGUUGGUGGAUUGGUAACGCACCGGAUGGCCGUCGAGGAAUGUUCCCAGCAAAUUUUGUGGAAGUGAUUGAGAGCUGAGUAGUGCCAAACAACGAGAUAUUGUGAUGAUUAAAAUGUUAACUGUUAUAAAUUCAGACAUUUUUGAGAGGGAUUUAUUUUGGCUACAUUUGCUAAAAGUAAAUACUAUGAAAUAAUUAAGUUUCGUAAGCACAAAAUUUCUUGGUUUUAGUUGGAACAGCAAUUAUGUGGAGAUGUGAAUUCAUGGAUUUCAGCUCUUUUGAACAUAAAAUGAAUGGCAGUUUUACUUGUUUGCUGGGAUUAAAUUCCAUGGGUUGUGUCGACACAACGUAAUCUAUGAAAAACUCUAACGAUUUCGCAGUACUCCCCUAAAAGUGCUAGUGGUAUAAGUAGUCACAUAUAUUUCACAAGUUGAAUACUAUGUCUCAAAACAAAUUAUAAUUUUGAAGAUUGUAACAUUUUUGCCUAGCAAAAAUAUAUGAUUUUACAGUAAAGUUAUUAUAUAAAUGCAUGUCUCUAAAUGACAGAUUAAUUUCUUCAUGUCAUAAGUAUUGGUAAAACUUGUUACAUGACAAAUAAUGUUGUUCUUGUUUAUAUGGAAUAUAGCAUUCUUAUGUCAACAAAUGGCCCAUUGAUUUGACCUUAUCAUUUAAAUGCAGCAAUGGCAUUAAUUAUCAGAUGAAACAAUUAUAUAAAAUUAGGAUGUUUUUAAAGUGGUGUAUAACCCUUUUGAAAUUCUAUAUACUUUAAUUGAGUUUAUCCUUUAUAGUAAACUUGCUAAUAAACUGGCAGGUUAAUGAAUGGCAGUGUGAGUGGGCCUCAUCAAUUCAAAGACCAAGGUCCAAGGUUUGUAAAACCAGUCUCAAAAUUACUGCAUCUGAUUGGUUCUUCCAGAGUUCAAAUUUGAAAUUGACCAAUGAGAGAGCUGCAUUUCUGAGACUGGUCACACAAUUCAGUUUUAUAACAUUGAGACCUAAAUGUUGGUAAAAGCAGGCGUUAUUUUAUUUUUCAAACAAUUGUUAUUUCCCUUGGUAUUAAAGUGCUGUAACAUUUGGUAAACUUUACGUAUAAAUUCAUACAAGUGCUUGCCAAUAUUGAAUUUAGUUUAUUAAUUAUAUAAUUUAAUAAAGUGAUGUGUUUGAUGUAUCAAUAAUUGUUACAUGUACAACUGUAUAUGAAUUGCAGUAGUUGCAUUAGUGCUUAUAAUGUGUUCACAUUUUCUGUUAACCCUUCUAAACUGUUAUUUAUAAUUACUUUGAAGAAUGUGUCCUUAUUUUUGUUGAUGUAUUCCAUGGGAUCAAUUUUAGCCGUAUAAACCAUAGGCAUUUGGCCCUUUUGUAUAUAUGAGCCGCGCCAUGAGAAAACCAACAUAAUGGCUUUGCCACCAGCAUGGAUCCAGACCAGCCUGCGCAUCCGCGCAGUCUGGUCAGGAUCCAUGCUGUUCGCUAACAGUCUCUCCAAUUCCAAUAGGCUUUAAAAGCGAACAGCAUGGAUCCUGACCAGACUGCGCGGAUGCGCAGGCUGGUCUGGAUCCAUGCUGGUCGCAAACCCACUAUGUUGGUUUUCUCAUGACGCGGCUCAUAUAGCAAAUGGGUGCUGGAUUUUUUUUUGGGUCCUGGACUGUCUAUUCUAUAGCAUCAUUAUUGACCAAACAAAUGUGCCGAAUGCCUAUGUUUCUCAUGUAAAUUUGCAUCUUCAGAAAAUGUUCUGAUUUAAGUCUAGGGUAUACAUGCCAUUUUUUUUGUUCGAACAAUCAGACCAUGUCCAAGGGUUAUUAACCUGUGUUUGGAACCAGUCUUAAGAUUCAGUUAUCUAAUUGGUUGAUUCUGAGCUCAUGGUUGAUAUUGACCAAUGACAGGGCAGCAAUUUUAGACUGGUCUGCACUCUGUAAAAUACUCUCAUCAUGUUAGUAGUUGUAUAACAAUGUGAUUCAUGGAGUUUUAGGCAGCAUUCACAUACUGAUUGGUUUACUGGUAAUAAUUGUGUGGAAACUCUUUACCCCACCCAUCAGUUGUGUUAUACUGACAGUGUACAAUUUUUAUUUAGCCUUUAUCCUACAUUUUCAACAUUUCUCAUACUGGACAUUUUCAAAACCUUGGAAUAUAUAUUCCUGUAGAAUGUAACAUAUACAAUAGGGUUAUUAUAAGAGUAGCUUGAUCUGGGAUGCAGUAUUCGGCUCGAGUGGAUUUUGCCAGAUCGGAUCUCACGAGGCGCGCAAGCGCCGAGUGUGAUCCGACCUUGCAAAAUCCACGAGAGCCGAAUACAAAGUCCCAGAUCUAGCUACUGUUAUAAUGACCCUUUUAUUAUAUACUUUUACCAUUUUGAUUCUUGUUUUGUUCUUGAACGAAAUCUUCAAUGUUUAUCGAUAUUAAAUUGAACAUAGUGAAGUUUUUAUGUGUGCUUUUUAUAGAAAUGUGUCGGGUCAUGCAUAUUAAUGAAAAUAGUCUGGCAGCAUACAAUACGGAAGGUACAAUACGGAAUUUAAAAUGUACAAUACGGAAUUUUUGUCUGUCUGUUCAUAUUUAAUUGUGAAAUACAGGCAGAUUUUUUUACAGAAUUUAUAUAGGUAUAUAAUAAAAGAGAUUACAACAUGUACAAGAGUUUACAUGUACAUAUCUGCCUCUGUACCAUGAAGAGCUGUUAAUUAAAUGCUAACCUAUUUAGAGCUGCGUAGAAAAAGUAGGACAAAUAUUUAGUCCAACAGAUGUUGUAUACGGAAAUCUUCAGUGUUAAGAAACCGCAAUUAGUCGCUAUGCGUCUUCUAUUUCAGUUCCUUAAAGCUGUAUACUUUCCUUCCUUACCUCUAUUCAGUAUGUAAAAUAGUAAAUUUUUAGCCGUAUUUGACAGCUGGCUUCCAUACCUCAUGUUUUUAUUUCGAUUGUAAAUGAGAUGUAGAACCAAAACUUGUAGUCCUUGUUUGGUGCUAUAUAACCUAUACUGUGUUGGUGCGCCAUAAAACCCAAAUAAAUAAAUAAAUAAAUUGACAGCUGGCACUAAAUACAUCCAUAUUUCAUAUUUGUUGAAAAUAAUAUAUAGACAUUCCUAUCUGUUUUAAACAUGAAAUUGAGUCAGGAUAUAUAGUAGAAGUGGAAUCCCAGGAUGCAUUGAGCAUAUCCAAUAAAUUGGAGCCUCUCACUGUAUUAAUAUUCACAUCAAUUUUGAACUUUCAAGUUGAAUUGAUUGCAAAUAUUAUACUAAAUACAACUUGGGAGAAAAUUAUUCAAUUUACAGUGCAAUGAAUUGAUGAUCUGAAACUUUGGGCAUUCAGAGGUGAAAUAUGGCAAUGUGUAAUAUGUUUAAAUUUUGAGGAUUUCACCAGUGAAUUUACUUUUGUACCCUGUCAGCUCGGCAGAUGGGAUAGAUUUGAAACUUAUUCAUUUUAAGUAAAAUAUUUGUGUUAUGUACAGUUAGGGUUCCUGUGAUAGGGUGAAGCUUCCAGUAAAUUGUUGUGUCAGAUAUUUUAUAAUGAUAGCUCUUGUUUUAGAUGUAAUUUAUUGGGGGUAAAAUAUCAGUAACAAGGGUUUAGGUGAAUUUAUUUUUCUUAUGGUUUGACAUUUUUCUAUAACCAUUUUAUGUCUUUAGUAGAAUCUUACUUUUUCAUCGUCAGUAUUCUGUCUUAGAAAUCCUGCUUCACUGGUAAUUUCAAUUUUUUUUUAUGUUCUUUACUUCCCAGCAGAGCUGUACUUGUGUCAUUUCACUUUUAAAGACAAUUCAUGCAAAGAUUAAGAUCUACAUUUUUCUGUAAAAGAAAGAAAUACUUCUUAAAGAAACUGUUAACCCUUACCCUGCUAUAUAUUUCUAGAAUGGACUGGUCCAUCAUUCAAUUUGGACAGGAUCACUUAUUAUUUAAAGGGGUGUUCACUGAAAAUUUACAGACUGAAUAGUGAACAGUGCAGACCAUGAUCAGACUGCACAGAUGUGCAGGCUGACCUUGGUCUGCACUGGUCGGAAAGGCAAAAUCACUUGCCGCCAGCCUGCUAAGAGUUAAACCUGGAAGUUUGAAAUAAGAAUACAGUUUUCUAAUUAGGAGAAAUCUAAUAGACCUACUUGGAUUAGUUUCAUAGGGAAUGGUUCACACUUCCAGUUAAUAGAUCUUGUGUUUUGGUCCCAAGGCAGGGAGACAGACUGUACAGAGUUACUUGCCCUUGAAUUUAAUUUUUCUGUAACGUGUAGCAUAUAAUUAUAUGUGUUUAAGAUUAACAUGAAUUGCAAUUCCGAUGAUAAAGUGUGUUCCUAACCCUUACCUGUACAUUUCUAUAAUGAACUUGUCCAUCUUUCAGUUUGGACAGUACCAUUCACUUUUAAAAGGGGUGUUUACCAAAAAGAUACUGAUUGAAUGGCGAACAGUGCAGAUCUUGAUCAGACUACACAGAUGUGCAGGCUGAUCAAGAUCUACACUAGUUGCAAAGGCAGAAUCAAUCAUGUCCAACAUGAUAAGGGUUAAGAUUGACAUGACUUGCUAUUCUGAUGAUAAAUUGUGUUCCAAAUAAAUUAAAUGAAAAACAAAAUGUCAGUCAUAACACAGAUAUGUUGCUUGUGUACAUGUAUGUCUAGAUACGUCAUUGUAUUAAAUUGAUUAAAAUUUUGUUAUUUUUAUACACCAUAUGUAAAAGAAUGCUAGAUUAUGUAUAUAAAAUUGUGAUGGAACAAAUUGUCAUAAAUAUUAACUAAUAAACCAUGAAAAAUGUG